CCCGGAUUGCCCGCUCUGUCCAACUUUGUGCAUGUUGUAGAGUUUUGCCUUGAAACAGCUGAGAGUGUGUCUUCUAUUCUAUUAUUUACCUGUAGCGUUUGAUGCUGCAGUGUAACAUCGGGAUCGUUUGCGGGGGAAUUCCGUGAAUAGGAUUUCAGUCCAACUUCUUGUCGUUGGAGUUCGUUUUCCACACGAAUCGGAUUCGUUUCCGAACUGGCUAUUUUGGACAGGUUGAGAUUGUUGAUCCAAUGCUCGAGAUGAGGUUGUCGUUCGCUUCGUUGGCGGACUGAUAUACUCCAUGAUGAUUUGCUGCAUUGGAGCUAAUCAACAGACUUAGAAAAUAAAUGGAUGCAAUCAGAAAACGAGCUAGUGCAUUCAGAGAAACGGUCGCUAAGCAACAGCAGGCCGUUUUUAAGACAUUUUCAGGGUAUGUUUCACAAGGAGACUACUUGAUUCAUGACGAGGCAGAGCUUCAACGGCAUCAGCAGCUCGAGAAGCUUUAUAUCUCCACUAAGACUGCUAAGUCAACAGCAUUUUCAACGGGAAAUUGUGCGUGCUGUGGAGGGCAUCAUAUCUUCUGGCGUCAAACAACUCGAAAUUGUAAACAAGCUUGCAGAGGAUUGUCGCAAGUAUGCUACAGAAGGGCCAAGCAAUGGAGGGGCACUUGCAAGAGCUGCCAUGCAGUUUGGAACAGCACGCACUCAGAUGGAGAGGGAGCGCGACAACAUGCAUCGAUCCAUUGGCACCCAGGUGGCAGAACCUUUGAGAGCAAUGGUAAUGGGCGCACCUUUGGAAGAUGCUCGUCAUCUGGCACAACGAUACGAUCGCUUACGUCAAGAGGCUGAAAAUCAGGCUUUAGAUGUUGGAAGAAAACAGGUCAAGAGCAAGGAGGGAAAUACCGAACAGGAUCAGAAGCUUCAAAUGGCAGAGCAAAAGCUGGGAGAGCUUUUGUCAGCCAUGGCAGGACUUGGAAAGGAGGCUGCUUCCGCCAUGACUUCGGUGGAAGCUCAGCAGCAGCGCGUGACAUUGCAGCGACUGAUCAGUAUGGUUGAAGCUGAACGCACAUAUCAUCAGCGCGCCACAGAGAUUUUGGAUCAACUUCACGAAACGAUGGUUGAUGAGAGCCAACGCAGUGAAUCAACUACACCAGCAACGGAUGACACGCAAACAUCUCCACCAUACGAUGAUGUCCAGGUCAAUGGUGGAUUACCGCAUGCUUCAGCGGAUUGUGACUCAAAUUCAGCGACGUCCUUAUACUUCCUUGCUGAGAUCAUGCACCCAUUUGAAGCAGAAGAUGGAGGAGAACUAAGCUUAGCAGUUGGAGAUUAUGUGGUUGUACGCCAGGUGACUUCAACUGGAUGGUCGGAAGGUGAAUGUAGAGGUAAAGCAGGGUGGUUUCCAUCAUCCUAUGUGGAGAAGAGGCAACGUAUUCCUGCAAGCAAGGUGGCUGGUGCAGGAUUAGCACUCUAGACCAAAUCCAUUAAUUCCUUGGCUCUCUUUUAAUGAGUCCGAGCUGCUGCUAUGUUGUGAUCCAAUUCACACAUUUUUUGCUCAACAUCCAGUGAAGUAUUAAGUGGUAGUGUGCUCGAAGGUUUGCAAUUUUGGCUCUUGAUUUGAAGAUGAUAGGAUAGCUAACGGUAAAGCUCGAUCUAACUUAGAGGUGAAUAUGGGAUCUGAAACUCAGAUUACUUGGUCCUUACUAACACUUUCCAUAUUUAUGGAUGCUUGUAUAUAUGUCUCCACCUUGCAACACUGAUUUUGCGUCUUAUUGCUUUGGCUAC